UUUCACCUCCAGGUGAUUUGAAUUUCGAGCCUCUUGCAGUCUUGAUGGACAACUUCGCUUUCCUCAAACUGAUCACACUCGGAACUUCCAGGGUUGGAGUUUUAUGCGAUUGAGAGCGAUCGGCACUGCAGAAUUCUAUGUACUAGGAAGACCGGGAUUAAAAUGGCUUCCAGAGGAAAGACAGAGACAAGCAAAUUAAAGCAGAAUUUAGAAGAACAGUUGGAUAGACUAAUGCAGCAAUUACAAGAUCUGGAGGAAUGCAGAGAAGAGCUUGAUGCAGAUGAAUAUGAAGAAACCAAAAAGGAAACUCUGGAGCAGCUAAGUGAAUUUAAUGAUUCGCUGAAGAAAAUUAUGUCUGGAAACAUGACUCUGGUAGAUGAACUAAGUGGAAUGCAGCUGGCUAUUCAGGCAGCCAUCAGCCAGGCCUUUAAAACUCCAGAGGUCAUCAGAUUGUUUGCAAAGAAACAACCAGGUCAGCUUCGGACCAGGUUAGCAGAGAUGGAUAGAGAUCUGAUGGUAGGAAAACUGGAAAGAGACCUAUACACUCAGCAGAAAGUGGAGAUACUAACGGCUCUCAGGAAACUUGGAGAGAAGCUGACAGCAGAUGAUGAGACCUUCUUGUCAGCAAAUGCUAGUGCUGUCCUGAGCCAGUUUGAGAAAGUCUCAACAGACCUUGGCUCUGGAGACAAAGUCCUUGCUCUAGCAAGUUUUGAGGUUGGAAAAGCUCAAAAGUGACAGUGUGAGAGCUGGGAACAGUGAAUCCACUCCUCCUGUACAUGGUGGUGUGUUCUGAGGAUUCUGAGUCACUGCAAAGAAACAGAUACUCUGAAAGUAUAUUUGUAUCCUGGGACUAGGUAACAUGGAGACGUACUGUCACUGCUGUUUAUGUUCUUCCUCACCUCUCUCUGUGCAGGGCUCCUGGCUGAGUGACCCUGGACUUAAGACUCAUUGGGCUGGCUUCAUUAUGAUUUGUUUGUUGGAGAGAGAGCAGAAAAUAGACUUGCUCUGUUCACCAUGUGGCCCAUACUGGCUUCAAACUCCUCUGUAGCCCGUGCUGGCCUAAACCUGUGAUAGUGAAACCUCAGCCUCCCAAGCAGUGGGUUAUGCCCAGUUUCUUUGGUUCUAAAUGCUGAUAGGGAAUAAAAAGAUGUUUGCUAUUGAUUUAUUUCCAUCACUGGACUGGUGCAGCAGCUUCACCAAUCCUCCUGUGUGCUCCUGGAGUUUAGAGCCCCAGUGAUGUUAGAAGUCAUUUUAUUUACAAACAAGGAAAGAUUCAGAAAGAGCAAGCGAUUUGCUAAAGACACAUCAGACAGAGCUGAGGAUCAGGACAAGUCCUGUGGGUCCUUACUCCCACUUUAUUACCCACUGA